UUCUACAAGUUUAUAAGCAAUUUUUCUUUACAGAAUUGGGACCAUCCACGAAGAUGUAACAACGGAUGUUCUCGGUAAAAUCGGAGCCUGGCAGUGGAUGGUGACAUUGUUAGCAACAGCCCUAGUGAUACCAACUAUGUUGAAUCACUAUGACGAUAUGUUUCUUAUGAAACCGUCUCAAGAUAUACUGUGUGUACCAAGCCAAGAGACUGCAAAUAUAAGCCUGUGCAGUUACACAAUCACUAAUGCUACCGUAGCGAGUUGUGAUAAAUGGCAUGUCGAAUUUAUGUGGCUGAUUUGGAUUAAAAAGACGUGGCUUAUAUUCUGUGAUAAGAGUAUGCAGCUGUUAUCAACAACGGUAAUUUGCCGUUUGGGAUUGGUAUUUGGGUGUAUAAUAUUUGGGGUUGUUUCAGACAGUUUUGGAAGAAGGAUAGCCAUUAUUAUUAGUCUAAUUGCUGACCUCGUGUUCAGACUUACUUUAGUCUUUUGUGACUCGGAGAGUUGGUACCGCUUGUUAAUAUUUUUAAAAUCCAUGUUCACAAGCGCUAAUUAUUACUUGGAAUUAAUUCUGGUAUGCGAAAUCGCAAGCAACAGUUUGCGGACAAAGCUGAACCUCAUAGUUUCCGCUCCACGCAUUCUUUCUUCUCUCUACGCUAUUCCGUUUGCUAAUUCUGCGCCCAAUCUUGAUACUUACAAUUUCAUUGCUUUAUUGCUUGGAACAUUACUGCUCGUUGUAUUAAGAUGGAUUCCCGAAUCACCCCAAUGGUUACUCUACAACAGAAAAAUACCAAAGGCAGAAAAGACCUUACUAAACGCGGCAAAUAAAAAUGGCGUCAAGCUAUGUAGUGAAUUCAAAAUAAGACCAGUAAAUAACAGAGCUUACGACUGCCUAGAAGAAGAAUGGACGUGUUUGAUGAUUUUAAGCAACCAUAACGUCAGAGUGUUAAUAUUCGUGAUGCUUUUGUUCUGGGCGUUACAUAAUUUUCUAUGGGCUCCACUAUUCAUAAAACUGCAUACACGGAUGCAUGCAUAUGCCCCUCUUCAACUUCUAAGCAUAACUCUAUUUGUAGGACUUCUAAAUGUUUUUAUGAUGUUGAAAGUUAAAAUGAGAUAUUUGUUGACGAUAAAUGUAAUGAUUUUGGGAAGUUCAACCGCUCUCGUGACGUUCUUGGACCAAAUCGAUUUUAAUACUACCAUAUCUGAUCUUCUAACCUCAAUUGGACUAGCAUCAGGUCUUAUAAGUUAUGCAUUAUUAUUGAACAUCACACCACGGCUCUUCGCUGUUAACAUCAGGGGUACAUUGGUCGGCUGUUGCCACGCGGCUGGUCAUCUUGGGACAAUUACUUGCUACCUUAUUAUAUCUUUACGAGCUAUCAAUGACUCAACCAUGAUCAUAACAGUCCUUGUAGUGACGGUGUUGCUAGUUGCCCUGUGUUUUGUUUUACCUGAUGUGGAUGAUAGAGAGUUGCCUGAUACGAUCAAGGACAUGGAUUAUUUUUCAGAGUUAUCGAAACCGUUACGAUGGGCAACUCAAAAAACAAAUUCUCCGUCGCACGAAGAGGUAGAAAUGAGAGUAUAUUCGUUCAGCAGUGGAGCAAAUAAUAUAACUACAGAUGUCUCUGAAGAAACCGUACCAGCUCAGCCAAUCGGUUUUAUAAGAUUGUGGUACAGAUUUAUUUCUUUUGUAAGGCAAAUCCGGAGAAAAAGACACAUUAAAUCUUGAA